AUGACGUCUCCUCCGGACAUAAACAAAGUUCUGAUAGUUGGCAACAACCCGAACGUUCAACUGUACACCUCCAGAUUUCAAGAAAACAAAGACAUAGAAUUGUAUCAUGUCAGCAACUUGAAGUCCAACGUAUUCAAAAUGGAUACAUUUGCAUACGGGACGGCUCAGUACGAAAUUGAUAACCAUUUUACCUCUAUAAGUAAUCUGGUUGAGGCAUUACAGGAACUGACAGGCUCGCCUCAUGCAUUGCAAUUGGACUUGAUUAUUUUGAGUGCUUCGUCUUUGAGGGAAUUGUCAACACUGCCCACCGAACUUGGACAGUUGAUCGGUUCAAACACUAAUAUCUUAAUUGAGAGUACUGGGUUUCUAUCAUUAGAACAAUUCAUUGAAAGUGAUAAAGUGUUUGCCUCAGAGACGUUCAAUGGCAAUGUAUUCAGUAUAUUAACAACAUAUGAUGUACGUGAACUGGGUCCAAACAACUACCAACAAUAUGGGAACUCCAGCGAAUCCCAAACGAUCUUCAUAGGCCAGAAUAGCAAGACAACCAACUACCCUGACGACAUUGCUAGUAGUAUGAACGUUCUAGAAACUAUUUUCCGUUCUGUUUUUGUUAACGAUAAAGUCUCCUCUUGUAAUCACUCACCUGUUGCAUUUCUAUCCGAACAAUGGUCCAUGGCCAUUCCAAAAAUGUGUCUUGACCCCUUAUUAAUUCUCUUUGAGGAAAAGGAAGUUAGCAAGUUCCCACAACAGGUCCUGGCUAAACCUCUCCUCUCCGGUUUGAUCACGGAAGUUCUAACUAUUGCCAAGACUAUGAACAUAAGACUGAAACCGAAAAUGGAAAAUGAAGACCAUAUUUUGGAGGCCUGGAAAUCUAACAAUUCUGGAAAUAAUAUCCCGGGCUUAUUAUACCACUUCAUCGAAGAGGGUCCGUCACUGGAUUUGGAUCUUUUGUUGCUACAGCCCAUCCUAUUGGCUGACGAUUGUGAUAUCAAAACUCCUUACUUGGAAUUCUUGUAUACCGUUAUGAUGCAGUACGACAAGAUUAACAGACGUGAAUCCGACUGGUUUGUCAGGUCAGAGAUGUACAGUGCUUUGAAGGAAAAACAUGGCUUAUUGAAAGAUGAGAAGGACAUCCUAGAAAGGAACUAUCUGUCGCUGCAAACCCAAAACGAAGACUUGAGACAGAAACUGAUGAGCAGAAUUACUGAUUUAGAAAGAGAAAAUGAUCAGUUGAGAAGAAGUAACUUCAACAAUCAGCAACAAGACGUAAUCGACGAUUUGAUGAGGCAGUUGAGAGAUGCUAAGUUGAACCAAACACAAAUGAGGGACAACUCAAGAGCGGAAGAUACGGCUCCUUUGAAUAUUGGGCCAACAUCCAGUAAUGAGGUUUUCCACGAUUCCACUGAUGCGGAUGUCUCGUUUGAGGAACGGGAAAGACAGAUAAAGAAGAAGGAGCAAGAGCUGCUAGAACGAGAGCUGGAGAUAAAGAAAGCGACCAGACAGCAGCAGAUGCCCGCAUACACUCAAAUGCCAUCGCGGCAACAAUCACAAUCUGUCCCAUACUUCCCGAAUUCGAAUCCUCUAACCGUGUCUCCGCCACAAAAUAACGCUUCUGUUUUCCCUCCGGCUGUUGCCGCGAAGCAAUACGUCCCUCCAAACGCCGGGUAUCAAAACAAGUCGAACCAUUCUUCGCCAAAUUUGCCUGUCUCCUCUUCGAACUUUGUUGACCCAAUUACAGCAGGCUUGAGUCCGCCAUUGGAUUCCUCUGAAUUCGGGGCUGCUUCACACAAACAAUCAUAUGCAUCUCACCAUAUCAAACCAACGAGCCGGAAAAAUAGACAGAGCCAUUUGCCACGAAUCGGGCAUGCUUCGAGUAUAGCUUUCAAUGCUAUGGGCAACCAGAAUGGUAACAUGGGCGCAGGUAAACGUGUAAGCUCAUUGCCAACAGCAUACGAGUCAAACAGACAGCAGAGGCAGACUACAAUGAUGGAUUUCCCUCAACCCACCACAUUUGCUAACCCAGAUGCCGGCGUAGGCUUCCAAGCUACCUCUCCUGACUCGAGCAGAAAUAACUCAGGCACGCCAAACCCUCCCAUCCAGUUCGGACACGCUCCAGCACCAGCCGGCGACAAUGGUCCCGUCACAAACACGCCUCAGCAACAGAGCGGCAGCGCGACACCUAUUGCGAUCAGUCAUGAAUUUGGUUCCGCCCCACCAGCUCCAUCUGAGCCAGCGGCACCAAUCUCUACCGACAUUGAAGCGCCUGAACCGACGGAGAAACCCAAGAAAAAGAAAUUCAGUUUAUUUGGCAAGAAGGACAAGAAGAAAUGA